AUGACGGCCCGAGGUGCAGAAGAAACCUAUGGUGAUAGAAGGAAAGUAAAGAACAACAGAUUGAGCGCCCAUAGCCAUGAGAAUCACCGCGCCGGGAAGUUCACGAUUUAUAGAAAUAGUUUCCUCCUGGAGGUAUCGUGCUUCAAUGCUAGCCACACAGUGCUAAAUGAAAACAAUGCUAGCCACACAGUGCUAAUAGAAAACAAUGCUAGCCGCACAGUGCGUGCCAAUAACAGUGCCAGCCAGACAGUGCUAAUAGAAAACAAUGCUAACCACACAGUGCGCACCAAUAACAGUGCCAGCCAGACAGGGCUAAUAGAAAAGAAUGCUAGCCGCACGGUGCGCGCCAAUAACAGUGCCAGCCAGACAGUGCUAAUAGAAAAGAAUGCUAGCUGCACAGUGCGCACCAAUAACAGUGCCAGCCAGACAGUGCUAAUAGAAAAGAAUGCUAGCCGCACAGUGCGCGCCAAUAACAGUGCCAGCCAGACAGUGCUAAUAGAGAACAAUGCUAACCACACAGUGCACGCCAAUAACAGUGUCAGCCAGACAGUGCUAAUAGAGAACAAUGCUAGCCACAUAGUGCGCGCCAAUAACAGUGUCAGCCAGACAGUGCUAAUAGAAAACAAUGCUAGCCACACAGUGCGCACCAAUAACAGUGCCAGCCAGACAGUGCUAAUAGAGAACAAUGCUAGCCACACAGUGCGCGCCAAUAACAGUGCCAGCCAGACAGUGCUAAUAGAAAACAAUGCUAACCACACAGUGCGCACCAAUAACAGUGCCAGCCAGACAGUGCUAAUAGAAAACAAUGCUAACCACACAGUGCGCGCCAAUAACAGUGCCAGCCAGACAGUGCUAAUAGAGAACAAUGCUAGCCGCACAGUGCGCACCAAUAACAGUGCCAGCCAGACAGUGCUAAUAGAGAACAAUGCUAGCCGCACAGUGCGCGCCAAUAACAGUGCCAGACAGACAGUGCUAAUAGACAACAAUGCUAACCACACAGUGCGCGCCAAUAACAGUGUCAGCCAGACAGUGCUAAUAGAGAACAAUGCUAACCACACAGUGCGCACCAAUAACAGUGCCAGCCAGACAGUGCUAAUAGAAAACAAUGCUAACCACACAGUGCGCGCCAAUAACAGUGCCAGCCAGACAGUGCUAAUAGAAAACAAUGCUAGCCGCACAGUGCGCACCAAUAACAGUGCCAGCCAGACAGUGCUAAUAGAGAACAAUGCUAGCCGCACAGUGCGCGCCAAUAACAGUGCCAGACAGACAGUGCUAAUAGACAACAAUGCUAACCACACAGUGCGCGCCAAUAACAGUGCCAGCCAGACAGUGCUAAUAGAGAACAAUGCUAGCCGCACAGUGCGCGCCAAUAACAGUGCCAGCCAGACAGUGCUAAUAGAGAGCAAUGCUAACCACACAGUGCACGCCAAUAACAGUGCCAGACAGACAGUGCUAAUAGAAAACAAUGCUAACCACACAGUGCGCGCCAAUAACAGUGCCAGCCAGACAGUGCUAAUAGAGAACAAUGCUAGCCGCACAGUGCGCGCCAAUAACAGUGCCAGACAGACAGUGCUAAUAGACAACAAUGCUAACCACACAGUGCGCGCCAAUAACAGUGCCAGCCAGACAGUGCUAAUAGAGAACAAUGCUAGCCGCACAGUGCGCGCCAAUAACAGUGCCAGCCAGACAGUGCUAAUAGAGAACAAUGCUAACCACACAGUGCGCGCCAAUAACAGUGCCAGCCAGACAGUGCUAAUAGAGAACAAUGCUAGCCGCACAGUGCGCGCCAAUAACAGUGCCAGCCAGACAGUGCUAAUAGAGAACAAUGCUAACCACACAGUGCGCGCCAAUAACAGUGCCAGCCAGACAGUGCUAAUAGAGAACAAUGCUAGCCGCACAGUGCGCGCCAAUAACAGUGCCAGACAGACAGUGCUAAUAGACAACAAUGCUAACCACACAGUGCGCGCCAAUAACAGUGCCAGCCAGACAGUGCUAAUAGAGAACAAUGCUAGCCGCACAGUGCGCGCCAAUAACAGUGCCAGACAGACAGUGCUAAUAGACAACAAUGCUAACCACACAGUGCUAAAUUAA